UCUCUUCCCUCGACCCUUCCGGCCGUCAUCAGUCGAACGACGACAUCCGAGAGAGACGAAGGCGAGCAAAAGAAGUAGAACAAGAAGGUGAUCGGAUGAGAAAUCAAAAGGUGGACGAACCCGACCGAGAGCGUGAUGCGAAUACUGCCACAUGUAUCACGUCGUCAUCUCUUACAGCCGGAGUGCGUCGUUCGUGCAUGGCAUGGCAUGGCAUGAGAGUUUGGUUUGAGGUCACGGAGACACUACUUGUGCUGCUGGCUUGCGGCCACGAAGCUGACGCCCACCACCCGUUCGCUCCCCGGCCUCCUCGCGUGCGAGAGAUCGGAAGACAGACGCAGAGAGGAAAGAGGAGAGAGAAAUAGUCUGCGUUCAACCCUCUGCUAAUUCCGUCUACAGGGGAUAUAGGUGAAGUCCUCCUCCCACAUUUCUCGAUCUCUUCUGCCCAUCAGGUUCCGAAGAGGAGAGAGCUUAGGGAUUUGCACCCCCUUCUCACUGGUGAUUGAUUCCACUAAUAUAAUACGCCUGCAUUUUAGCUUUUACAGCAAAGCAGCAGUUGACCGGAGUAGAUUAAUCCUCUCCCCCAUCCCCACCUAUCCACGCACCAUUUUCAUCUCAACACACACACUCUCUCUCUCUCUCUUCACUUUCUUGGAUGGAUUUAGGUGACCUGCCUUGGGUAAAGGCACCAAUAUGUUCUCCAAAGUCUUCUAAUCUACCAGCAGCUUGUCUUGCAUUUGCAACCUACCAGUGUUCGUCAUAAAUCCUGUGGGAGGAAGUGUGAUGGUACGACUGGUUAUUUAUGGUUGAGCUACUUUGGUGCUCUCCUGCCAAAUUCCGGAGACUACUGCGGCCACUGACCCCUGAAAAAUAAAUGCAUUAAAUCCUCUAACUUUGUUAUCACUCCUGUGAUUUCCUUUCAUUUUUCCUUCUUUUCACUGUUAUGUCACACAGUUCAUGAUCUCGUGAAUUAUAUCUCUUUAAUUAGAGAACAAGUGUUUGGGUUUAGAGAGAGAGAGAGAGAGAGAGAGGGAGAGUUGGGACAACAUGUCCGCUAUAUUCCUCAGACUCUACUUCUCACAGCGCCAGCUGCAGGAGGUGGCUUUUCUCUCUUUAGUCUCUUACCAACCAUGACAGAGACUGGGAGUAGCUUGCGGAGCGCCACAAGUGAAGGCCUUUUGAAAAAGGAGAGUGAGAGGGAAGGUAGAGAGCAGUAAGCGAGCGAGCAAGAAGAGUCCUGCCCUCACAAAAGCCAUAAAGGAAACAGCAGUCUAUUUUUGUUCUCUCUUCGGCUACUUGGAUAUAUGAAUGGAAGGGAUGGAGAGCGUUGUGGUGACAGGGUGUGAAGGAGGAAGAGCAGGAGGAGGAGAUGGAGCUGGAGGAGGAGGAGGAGGAGGAGGAGUGGAAGCAGGUCACUCUUCUCCGACUUUGUCGCCAACUCCUCCUCAGCUUGCGGCAUUUUCCAGCGGGGUUGUUGGCGUGACGGGGAUGCCCGUGCCACCGUCGGAAGGGGCCGGCUUGGCCAUGGGGAUGAUGGGGAGCGGCGGCUAUGGGGGCAGCAGCGAGGGAGAUCUUCCCGCGCCGAAGAAGAGUGGGAGGCCCAGGAAGUACGGAUCGGACGGCAUGGCCCUGGCGCUGUCGCCGACCUCCGGCUCUGCCUCCCCUUUCUCUCCUGCUUCCUCCGACGCCAAACGGGGUAGAGGGCGGCCUCCUGGCUCCGGGAAACGCCAGCUCCUUGCAGCUCUUGGAGAAUGGUUUGCGUGCUCAGCCGGUGGGAGUUUUACGCCGCAUGUUGUGACCAUUGCCACAGGGGAGGAUGUCGCUGCUAGAAUUCUUUCCUUCUCCCAGAAGGGUCCGCGGGCUAUCUGCAUACUCUCUGCGAAUGGGGCUAUCUCCAAUGUUACUCUGCGCCAGCCAGGCUCCUCCGGUGGUACCUUGACUUAUGAGGGCCGAUUUGAGAUACUGUCCCUGUCGGGGUCCUUUACAAUUUCUGAAACUGGUGGUAUGCGGAGUAGAACUGGUGGGAUUAGUGUGUCGCUUGCUGGACCUGACGGCCGUGUUAUUGGCGGAGGAGUUGCUGGAUUAUUGCUUGCUGCCAGUCCAAUUCAAGUGGUGGUUGGAAGCUUCAUGCCGAAUGUAUACAAGGAGAAACAAGCAAAACCAACUCAUCAAGCACAACCUUCAGCACUUCCAGGAACUACUGGUUUAUUGACAGCUGCAAUGCCUAUUUCUCAAGCAAACCCCGAAGAAGACUGCGAGACCCCAACCUCGUCAUCCUUGGCCAGACAAUCCCAUGCCGAAAAUAGCCUGUGCCGCCCCAAUCCAAACUCUACUUGGCAUGGUCUACAGUCAUCAGAACACAAGCCUUCUCCUGAUAUUAACAUAUGCUUACAGGGAGAAUAGCAUCAAGGUACUCGCUCGUCUUUACACCCUAACACUAUCAUACUCUUCUAACAUGUUCAGCAAGAUUUCUGCUAGAUGUCAGGUUAGGAGUCAUUGUGCACCUGAUUUGAUGAAUGAUCAAAUGGUAUCCUAUUAUCGGUUGGUCUUUUUAUUGUCACCUUAGUCGUCAUUAAUGUUGUCGUCGUCGUCGUCGUCAUCGUUCAUUGUUUCUUUGUGUUCUUGUGGAAGAAGCUCGAGGAGCCUGAAUCUGUGCAAGGAUUUUUUUUGGUGACCAAGGUUUCUGUAUGAUUCAUGAUAACUGCUAAUGUUUUGAGUCAACUUGAUUCUGUGGUUAUUUC